AUGGCUCCCAAGACGGUGCUGAUCACCGGCUGCUCCUCGGGCAUCGGGCUGGCGCUGGCCGUGCGGCUGGCGAGGGACAAACAGCGCCGCUUCCGAGUCAUCGCCACCAUGAGGAACACGGGCAGGAGCGGAGCGCUGGCGGCGGCGGCGGGGCCGGCGCUGGGCCGGACGCUGGAGAUCAAACAGCUGGACGUGUGUGAUGAGAGCUCCAUCCGCGCCUGCCUCGACAGCAUCCCCGGGCGCCACGUCGAUAUCCUGGUCAGCAAUGCCGGGGUGGGCAUGGCGGGACCCCUGGAGUGCCAGAGCCUGGCAGCCAUGCAGAGCCUCAUGGACACCAACUUCUUCGGCCUCGUCCGCCUGGUCAAGGAGGUGCUGCCCGACAUGAAGCGGCGCCGCGGGGGCCACAUCGUCGUCAUCAGCAGCAUCAUGGGCCUGCAGGGCAUCGUCUUCAAUGACAUCUACUCGGCCUCCAAGUUCGCCGUGGAGGGUUUCUGCGAGAGCCUGGUGGUGCAGGCGCUGCGCUUCAACGUGGCGAUCAGCCUGGUGGAGCCGGGGCCGGUGAUGACGGAAUUCGAGACGAAGUUGUACGAGGAAGCCGAACGCGCCGACUACUCACGGACAGACCCCGAGACAGCCGAAAUCUUCACCAAGCUCUACCUGAGGAACUCCAGGGAUGUCUUCACCAGCCUGGGCCAAACCCCCGAGGACAUCGCAGAGCACACCCUGCGGGUGAUCGAGGCGGCCCGGCCGCCGUUCCGGCACCAGACCAACGUGGCGUACACGCCCAUGGCUGCCCUCAAACACGCCGACCCCAGCGGCGCCCUCAUCACCGACGCCUUCUACCAGCUGGUGUUCAAGUACGACGCCGUGCUGCGCUUCGGCCUCCGCGCCAUCCGCCUGCUCCGCUGGAAGGCACAGAAGGUCAAGGCGGGCGCGCGGCUCCUGGGCUUCAAAUAAACCCUUGUGGCUCCUGGGCACUGCCCAGCCCAUCCCGGGGGUAAAGGGGCAGGACUCAUGCAGGGUUUCGCUUCCCGUUCCCGGCUUGAAAUAGCUGCCACAUUAAAAUGGGGAGGGUAUUUAUAUCCAGCGCCGGGUGAGCAAUGCAGAGCAGCUUCCUCCGGGAGUGCAGCGGCCGUGACGGGGCUG